AUGAUUGAACAAAUAUUUUUAACAAUAUCUGUUGAUCCCAUCGAUCAGGAAAGUCUCUAUCUAAAAAUAUGGCGGGCAGUAUUAGAAAGUGUAAGGAAUAACAGUAAUCAAAAUUAUAAAAAAGCUAUGUUAGCAAGUACAAUAACGCCAUUUACAACAGAAAAUACUUCCGUCAAUGAUAUAAAGUGUAAUAUACAACUGGUGAAUACACUAAAACUACCAUUUACCACAGGCUCAGAAGCACCUCAAACCACCUGCAGAGUCCUCAGUGUUCAAAGCAGUGGUGAUAUUUUGUUAACAAUAAAUAAUUUAAUGUAUUUUUUCCGCUAUACAGCGUUAAUAAACAAAAGCCUUUACAUUAGACAGAAUUUAUUAAACUCAACAAACCAACGUUUCGGAAAUAUAGUGACACCUGUUAAACUGAAAAAUGUAAUAAGAUGCAGAGAGUGGAAUAAAGAUGAACUGAAAAAAAUGAAUGGGACAUAUUUAUCCUUGAUUUGUAACAUUCGUGUCACAGCAGACUUUCCAUCUGAUGAAAACAAAACAAGUGAAAAAAAUGAAAUCUUAUCCAAACUAAAAGAAAGGGACAGUGAUCUAGAUAAAAUAUUGAGAAAGAAGUAUGUAGAGCAUCGGAUAAAACCUUCUCAUAUUACUUCUCAACAAGGCCAACAAAUUGCUUUUAAUAAUUAUUAUGAAAAAAUACUGUCAAAACACAGUCUGAGUGUACCACCACAUUCAAAGGAGUUAGAUCCUGACGAUGAUGAGGAAAUCGUUUUACUAAAAGAACAACUAAUGAUCACUGAACAAACUCAUUUACAAAUUGAAUGUGAAGCAGCAGUAAAACACAAACCAACAAAUGUGAAGUGUAAACACUCCAAGCAGUCUAAAGUUGCUAGAAAAAGGCAAACAUCUCCUGACAUAAACCCAAAUAACUACAUAGAAAAACUUCCAGAUACUAUUAAGUUAACCAGCCCCAGAGCCGAUAGUGAUAUUUGUAUUUUGCCAAUACAAAGACCGAACGGGUUCUUCCCUAAGACUGUACUUCAUGAAAGUGGUCGUUCCAAAUACGGUUGGGCCCCCAAUUCCUUACUCCUCGGCAAGUACUGUUCAAAACUGAGUCAGUCAGAGACAUACGAUACUAAGAAGACAGCUAAAAUCAACUGGGAGGAAAUUGAAGCUCGAUUAGCUAAUUCAGGCUUCAUUAACAAAAUGGAAAAAGACACAUCGGAAGACACAAUGACUUCCGACUUCAGUACAGGUUGGAUAGUGGAAUCUGAUAAGGAACUAACUAUGACUAGUAAAGAAUUGAGUGAGGUUGAUGAUAUGGAAAAGAAUAUGAAAGAAAAAUUACUUGCAAGUAAGUUCUUGAACGAAAGUAGUUCAGAUCAGCACAUCAGCCUAUUGGAUUUACAAGAUCAGAUGAAUACCGAACUAAAACAAAUUCAACUUGCUGAUGCUGAGAAAAUACUGCUAUCUUCGGAUAAAUGGAAAGUAAUAACUAGAAAUGAACUUAAACAAGCAGAACACUCUAGGCAAAAGGAAAAGGACUUACUCUCGAAUUUAAUUGACAGACCUCCACUUCAUCGUCCACAAUACGAACGAGAAAACACUAUCUUUUUAACUGAAUUUAGAAAUUCUGUUUCUCCGGAUACAUUUUCUGCAUUCGUACUACCUGUCUUUUUGGAAAGGUUCAAGACUUCUAGAUGGUUACCUGCUUUAGGUUUGCUAAAUAAUCACAUACCAGAAGGAUGGAUGGAUUUCAAUGCAAGUUCGCAUCCUAUUUGUUUCAUUCAGUGGAUGCUAUGGACAAAUAUUUUACCCAGUAUAUGUUCCCAAAACGUUCCACCUUGUAUGGAAGAUGAAGAUCCAUAUCUAUGCCAGACUAUUUCAGAAUUAUGUUACGAUAUGGAACUGCUACAUACAGACUUUCAGUUACCUGAAGAAUGUAUUAAUGAAUUGCACCUGUGCCUAACAAAGUGUAUUGUUUAUAAUUUAGAAAAUAACGAUGAAUUUAGAGGAUGGAAAAUGCUGGAAGCAAUUAGUAAGACCUUAGUUGCUUUCGGUUUUCAUGAUAUUGACACUGUAGUUAUAUUACUAUUGUUAUAUGUGAAAGUACUGUUAACCACUGAAAAAGGUGACACUCAUUAUCCCCAAGAAUUCACUAACAAUAAUUUGCUAUUAUAUAUACAUACUUCCCUUCAGUCGUCUGGAUUCAAAAGCAAAUAUUAUAAUUAUCUUGAAGAGGAACUGAGUCUACUGAAUAAACUGGGUAAAUGUACAAAACCCAUCAUGUCGGGGAAAAUUCUCCACAUAAGUGACUGCAUUCACCUAGUCAGCAAUACUGAUACUUUGGGUUAUUGGAUUAAAGUCUUCAAAAUAUUAUAUUUUUGGCUCGAAAACUGGUAUGAAAUAAGUGAUGGAAAUUUACUAAAGGAUAAGUCCCCUAGAUAUGCAAAGCAGACAAAAAGUAUAUUACUUGCAGCAGUGCAACCUAGAACGGUUAAAAAAGGUGUGCACUGGACCAAAAGCGAUAGUGACAACAAUGAGAAUCCCAUUUUGAAAGACGGUAUAAAGGCUUUAAACGCGUUUAUUGACUGGUGUCAUCAGCAAAAAUUAUCUGAACUACGUGAACAGGCCAAAGAACAAGCAAUAAAAAGUACUACAAUGAAACCAGAAACUGAUAGUGUUUCAAAGCAACGAAUUCAAAUACUGCAAGAUGGUGAAGAAUCUGGAAAGCACAAAAUGGUUAUGCUUUUACCUCCAUUAAGUGAAAUAGAUCGUUGUGUUGUACGCCUGGGUGAAUCACAUGUAGUCGAAAGACGUAAAUAUCGCAGGAUGAAGAAUAUUCUACAACCAUGGAUAAAAACUGCAGAACAAAGUAGUUAUCAAGAUAUUAUGUCAGUAAGUCAGAGUCUACGCGACCCAACGCAACCAUCCUACGCGCAACCAUGGAGAUCAUAUAAAAAUGCAUUAACAGGUCAUUUCCCGCCAAAAAUACACAUAAAACCAACAGAAUGUAAUUUACUACCGUUUAAUAAAUAUCAAUCCUUUAAAGAAAAGUUGGAACACAAACUCAAGGAGAUUGAAACUCUCAGAGUAAAAUUAACUAAUAUGAAAAAGCGAAACCGCUUCAAGAAAAGUAUACCUUACACUGUCUGCAAUAUGGACAAUGAAGAUUUACAAAAUUACCAAAGAUUUUUGACCGCAUCGAUUCAUGACGAAGAGAAAGAAUUAAAUACAGUAGUCCAAUUGUUUAUUCCAAUAUUAUCACGUCUUCUACCAAUACCUAUGAAACAAUUCAGUCUACCAGUUAUUCAUUUAUCACAUACAAACUUCAAAUCACUGGUGAGCAAAGCACAGUAUCUAACAAAUUAUGAGGAAGAAAACCAAGGCGACCGACAUCAUGAUUUCGAUACAAAUUCAGCAUACCUGUCAGGUGGCUUAUCCGCUGGACUUAUGUCUGCAACAUGA